GCUCAUAGGAACUGACGACGGGAUUGCUACAUGUAACUGGGAAGUUCAGAGAUCGAUGACAAAAUCAGUCCGUAGCAAUCCUUAUAAUAUAUCACUGAGCGAGCACGUAGUCAGUGAUAGCCACGGCUAUGGCUUCAACAGGGGUUUUCUCGAAAACGUUUGCCUUCCUUCUGUGCUAUGCUAUCGUUUCUGGCUCUGUACAAGAAAAGGUGCUAGAUGAAGUAGAGGGCCAGACAGAGGACUGCCUAACAGUGAAGUAUUGCCCUAGAACAGCCACUGUCUGUACGGACGGGGCACUGGUGCAGAGGGUCUUGGCUGACAUCCUGGAACGCCUGGGUAGGACCGAGCAAGUGGUGCGGGCACAAGAGGAGCUCAUCCGGACCCUCACAAAGAAAACAACGUUUAUGGAAGCUGAACUGAGUAAGCUCAAACAACAGACUGACGAGGCUGGCAAUCAAACGUUAACUGGCAAACUGUGCUGUGCCCGACUGCAGAGUCAGCUGACGCAGAGCGAUGACCUGGCUUCCAAAAUCAAGGACGACCUCUGUGGCACGUCGCCAAGUCUGGGUCACAUCUUCCACAUAACUUCGCCGGCUGGCUCCUAUAAGUACGACUAUGAGGAGGCAGUGCAGGCCUGCGCUGAACAGAACGCCAGUGUAGCCUCCUACCACCAGCUGUAUGAGGCAUGGCAGGAUGGGCUGGAGCUAUGUUCUUGUGGCUGGCUGUCAGACAGGACAUCCAGAUAUCCUAUGCAGGCUGGCAGGCAUGGAUGUGGGGAUGGUCGAAAGAUCAAUACCUGUUCCUGGGCGCCCAACACCUGGAAUGCCUGGUGCUUUAAGAAGAUCGACAUAUGUGACUAGCUAUCAUCGGCUAUCGUCAUGAUUCUGCGUGUUGUGCAGCUUCUACAGUCAAAAUCAUGAAAUGUAGAUAGUGACUUGUGUGUUUUUCUGAAUAUCAUGUAAAAUUGCCAGUUGCAACAUACAAAAUGAAUUCUGUAUCUUGGUCUUAACUCUGACAUGCACAUAUGGUAUGUUGAUACAUCACAAUGCAAAAUAAAGAAAUGCUGCGUUGUGAAA